CCAUAGUCUGCUGGGUUUGCAACCCGGUUUCAAUGCAACCAGGGAUCUCUCCCAACGACCACCACCGCCACCGCUCUCCAACCCUCGAAGACAUGGAAGGUUCCGAUGAUGAUCGUAAGCAAGGAGGCUCGUCGGCUUCCUCGAACGCCGCCUCCAACGGCCGCCGGCACAAGACGGGCGAUGGCUACGUGCCUCUCUUGGUGAUCAACGCUCUGUGCCUCUUCAUCGGCUCGGUCUCGUCCAGCCUCCUCGCCAAGUACUACUUCAUCCACCACGGCUCGAGCCGGUGGGUGUCCACCUGGGUCCAGUCCGCUGGGUUCCCUCUCCUGUUCCCCGCCAUUUACGUCCCUUACUUCCUCAACCGCACCCAGCGGCGACCCUUCGCUCACUUCACCCCGAAGCUCCUGGUCAUGUCCGUCUUCGUCGGCCUCAUGCUCGGCAUCAACAACCUCCUGUUCUCCUGGGGCACCUCGUACCUCCCCGUCUCCACCUCCUCGCUCGUCCUGUCGACGCAACUCGUCUUCAAUCUCAUCCUCUCCGCGCUCAUCGUGAAGCAGAAGAUCACCUUCUCGAACCUCAAUUGCGUCAUCCUCCUGACCUUGAGCUCGGUCCUUCUGGCCUUGGGAUCGAGCCACGACCGGCCGCCGGGCCUCACCCGGGCCAAGUAUUUCAUCGGGUUCUUCUCCACCAUAGGCGCCGGGCUCUUGUUUGCGCUCUACCUCCCCGUCAUGGAGAAGAUAUACAAGAAAGUGUAUUGCUACGCGAUGGUGAUCGAAAUGCAGCUGGUGAUGGAGAUCACGGCGACGGCGCUCGCGACGGCGGGGAUGGCGGCGGACGGUGGGUUCGCGGAGAUGAGGCGGGAGGGGGAGAGGGUGUUCGACAAGGGGGUCAGGGUUUACUACGCGACGGUGGCGAUGACCGUGGUGUGCUGGCAGAUGUGCUUCAUGGGGACGGCGGGGAUGGUGUUCAUGACGUCGUCGCUGACCGGCGGGAUAUGCAUGACGGCGCUGCUGGCGAUGAACGUGGUGGGCGGGGUGGUGGUCUACGGCGACGACUUCGGGGGCGUGAAGAUCGUGUCCACGGUGCUGUGUCUAUGGGGCUUCUGCUCCUACGUGUAUGGCAUGCACAUGAUGAACGCCAAACGCCAAGAAACAGACAACAAGCCCAGCGUUACUACUACUGCUACUCCUAGUACUGGUAACGGUCCUGAUCAAGCCAUGGAGAUGGCUUCUUUGGUGCCGGCUCCGGCACCGCCGGACGUCGCAUCCGACGCCGUUUAGUGAAACCAAACGUUGUAUUAUCCCCCUCUAUGACGACCAUCCGUGACCCUUUUUGCACCAAUGCUAGAUUAAAAUGUAAUUAGUAGUCGCCCAGGAAUAGUCGGGACCGAAUUAAGGGAUAAUUUGUUCAGGAUGUCAAGAGGAUUAUGAUGGUAAAACUUUGCAAAAUGUUAAUCAGCGUUUCCCAGUGCAUGCUUAUCGUCAGUCGCCUCGCCUCGCCUCGCCUCGUCUCGAACCACAAAUUUCCAGACGGUUCCCCCUUC